CAGGCAAAUGUGUCAGUGAAAUUGAAUUAGGGCCUUUGUGAAAACUUUGAAAAUAAUAUAUUUUGUGUAGAAAUGAGCAAUGAAGUGCACAGUUUCUGCGUGCGUAGUGAGCGUGUGAAGUGAGAAGUGAGUGCUGAGUGCCGGUGCGGCAUGGGCGAGGCAGCGGCUGACGCCAGUGGGGGAGUGUGAUGCGUCCCCGCGCCUCUGCCACGCCAUGAUGGCGCUCUUCGGGAUGGUCUGGCUACUCAAGGUUCGUAAACACUUGCGCCACUGCGCCCAUUGCCGCGCUCAUCUGAGAACCUGCGCACACUGUCGUGCGCGGCCGUCACCCUCCCUGCCGUCCAUCAUCACCUCGCGAGAUUCAACCAAAGAGUCAUGUGCUCAGGACUCCGCCUCGCAGACCUCUCCGCCUGAGCAGGAUCGGGCCAAAAUUUCUCUUGACUUAGUGGCUCACCGUCCAGCCUGCGAGGAUGACAGCGACAGUCAAGAGGGUCCCGAAGGGGAGGGGCGUGGCCCUGGGCCGGGUGAGGAGGAUGCCAGUGAGGGGGAGGACAGAACAGUGGAGGAAAGAGUUGAGCCUCCACCCAUGUCAGAGGCAAGUGAGAGCGACGGAAGUACUAUUCCUUUUGACAGUAAUGUGUUCCCUGCAGUGACUGCCUCCACACCGCUCCCAUCACUUAGCCCAACUCCCCCGGUUCGUGAGGGGAGUAUAUCCCCCAGACGGCCUCAGAAUCCAGCUGUCAGUGUAGCCCAAGAACCUUGUGAAAGUGUUUCCGGCUCCUUGGCUAGUCGUGUGUGUGGCUUGUAUGGCGAGGAUGUGCCGCGACGUGACCCGACCACCGCUGAUAGACGGAGGUCACUCUGUUCCAUGAAAAGACGCAGCUUACCUGAGGUUGAGGAUGAGGAGGCUAAAAAUAACAGGACUUCCACACUUCCCAGACAAGCCUCUACUGGUAGUGGUUACCGUUUUUGUUACACUCAAGGACACACACAUCCCAAUGCUUACGUACCUUCAGCUGGGUCAACACCACAUCUUCCACAAAAUACCAGUAGUUCCCUUCCCACUUGGGACAAAACUAUUCAUUACUCACACAUUAGUCAUGUUUCCACCAAUACAGUUUCGGCUGUAACGCCACAUGUUACACAGCCGCCACUCUCCACACCCUCAGGUCUCCUCCGAGAGGCACCAGUAUUAACACUGGAUCCACGCUACCUGCCGGGGGACGUGCUGGAGGGUGCAUAUGGUGGCUCGGAUUCUAGUUCUCAGAGUGGUUCGCGCAGUUCGUACAGCGACCACAGCUUACCACCUCCAUUGCCCUUUUCCGAGGGAGCUAUUCACUACCUCCCCGCUCCCCCAGCUGUCAGCAACACGACUUUACAGUAUCACCACCAGCUGCUUCCUCCCCCUGCAAGGGCUGAGAGUAUCUACGGGAGACGGUCUGAGGUGACCAGGCCAUCGAGUCCUCCCAGCCAACGCGUCCACUACAGAGAUGGAGUAUGGUCUAUCCCGACUCGUUCCAGUGUCUCCACCUUCCUGGGGGCUGAAUACCCCAGCUACGAUCCCACUACAGUGCCGGGUCGGGACCGCCGUCCUUUCGGUCAGGUGGAUACCCAGACUUAUUCAUCGCAGGGGACCCGAGGCACCCUGCCCAGGACCCGCAUCAAUUCCAGGUAUCAAGGCUCACCAGCGCGUCAAACUCGGAGUCACUCUCGCAGUCCGAGCCAUCCCCGCAUCAGACUUGACCAGCUGGAGGGAGGCAGGCCACCUCCGCUACCGGACUGGGGAGGACCUACCUCGGCGAGAACCUCGUACUGCGCACUGCACGGUUACAGCAAACCAAAAGACAUCCAAGAGUUUUACGAGGUCACGCUUCUCGACGACACCAAGAGCGUGCAGCAGAAGACAGCUGAGACCCUGCAGAUAGCCACCAAAUGGGAGACUACCAGCGGCCCCAUGUCUCCACACGUUCCUUGCCAGAAAGAUGAAAUCGAGUUGGAAGUGAGCGAUGUUCCUGAUCUGCCCACGCCGGAGCCUUCGCCUGUGUUUGAGAAAUCCCGGUACAGUGAAGCCGUGCCUCCCGUCAGCGCUUCCCAGAUGAAGGACAUAUCCGUCCUGGAUGGCGUCCCUCGCUCAGCUCAUAACCACGACGUAGCAAAGACAAAUGGCAGCUGGCAGGAAAAAGACCAUUCUCAGACAAAUGGCGGCCAGGACGAGUGGGAGAGCGAGGACAUUAUCCUGGAGCGGGGCAACCAAGGUCUGGGCUUCAGCAUCGCCGGCGGCACCGACAACCCACACAUUGGGUCAGACACAUCUAUCUACAUCACCAAGCUGAUACCUGGUGGUGCAGCUGCCACAGAUGGUCGCCUUCAGAUCACAGACGUCAUAGUGUCAGUGAAUGAUGUGAGUGUGGUCAAUGUGUCUCAUGCGACGGCGGUGGAUGCACUCAAGCGCGCCGGCAAUACUGUUCACUUGUGUGUGAAGCGUCGCAAACGACCCCCCAAUGUUCUUCUUAUGGAAGUGGAAUUAAUCAAAGGAAACAAAGGCCUUGGAUUCAGCAUUGCUGGUGGUAUUGGAAAUCAACACAUUCCUGGUGACAAUGGUAUUUACAUCACCAAAAUCAUGGAGGGUGGAGCAGCACAUGUAGAUGGCCGCGUCUGUGUGGGAGACAAGCUCAUCGCUGUGAGAGAGACACCAUCAGGUGAUGUCAAUCUUGAAAAUGUCACCCACGAAGAUGCUGUUGCCUGCCUCAAGUCCACCACUGACCGUGUGGUAUUGGUGUUGGGUAAAGUUGUCACCUCCCAAACCAACUCUGCCCCAGAUGUGACAGCUCACCCUCCACAGCCUACCCACCAGCCUGACCGUUCUCUUCCUCCCCUAUCUCAAUCUUCCUCAGUAUGCAAUACCAUCCCUCCAGCCACGCCGCCCCCAGCCUCCCACGACGAUAGCCACAAUGAGCAUGGCAUGGACUCCAGCUCCACACCUGACGACCUCAUACCAAAAGAACCUCGCAGAGUCUCACUAUCCAAGGGUACAUCAGGCUUGGGCUUCAAUAUCGUUGGUGGAGAAGAUGGUGAAGGAAUAUUCAUCUCCUUCAUUUUAGCUGGAGGACCCGCCGAUCUGUCCGGGGAGCUGAGGCGCGGCGAUCAGAUUCUCAAUGUUAAUGGCACUGACUUACGAAUUGCCACCCAUGAGCAAGCCGCACAAGCUCUCAAAGGAUGUGGACAGACAGUGAAUUUGACGGUGCAAUACAAACCUGAUGAGUACAACCGUUUUGAGGCCAAAAUCCAUGAUCUUAAGCAACAGAUGAUGUCUGGCACACUAAGAACUACACAGAAGCGAAGUCUCUAUGUCAGAGCAUUAUUCGACUAUGAUCCCAAUCGUGAUGAUGGAUUGCCCUCCCGUGGCCUUGCCUUCAACUAUGGAGAGAUCCUGCACGUAACCAAUGCCUCAGAUGACCAGUGGUGGCAAGCAAGACGUGUCUUGCCCACUGGGGAGGAAGAAGGAACUACUGGUAUCAUUCCCAGUAAAGCUCGCUGGGAGAAGAAGCAAAAAGCAAGAUUACGAUCUGUGGCUUUCCAGGGCAAGAACAACACUGAUGCCAGGCAAUCAACACUAGAAAGGAAGAAAAAGACCUUGUCAUUUAGUCGAAAAUUCCCAUUCCUAAACAAGAGCAAAGAUGAUAAAUCAGAAGACGGGUCUGAUAAUGAGCUUGAUGAGGACUUUGAAGCCUCCAUAGCCACAAAUGAUGGAGAAAGCGAUAGCAGAAGCAUGAGAGGAGAUGACUACAUCAUCCUGAGUUACGAGGGAGUGCAACAAAUCAAGAUCUCUUACACACGGCCAGUGGUGCUGCUGGGACCUCUCAAAGACCGGAUCAAUGAUGACCUCAUAUCAGAAUUCCCGGAGAAGUUUGGCAGUUGUGUCCCUCAUACAACUCGACCACGAAGGGAAUAUGAAGUCGAUGGGCGGGAUUACCAUUUUGUAGCCUCAAGGGAACAAAUGGAAAGGGAUAUCCAAAACCAUCUAUUUAUUGAGGCUGGCCAGUAUAAUGACAACCUCUAUGGAACAUCUGUUGCAUCUGUGAAAGAAGUAGCUGAAAAGGGAAAGCAUUGCAUACUGGAUGUCAGUGGCAAUGCUAUCAAGAGACUGCAAGUAGCACAACUGUACCCUAUUGCAAUUUUCAUCAAACCAAGGUCUGCUGAACAAAUCAUGGAGUGGAACAAACGGAUGACAGAGGAACAAGCCAGGAAAACAUAUGAACGUGCAUUGAAGGUUGAAGGAGAUUUUGGCGAAUACUUUACAGCAAUUGUAGCUGGAGAUACUCCAGAGGAAGUGUAUGCUCGGGUCAAAGAUCUGAUCCACCACCACUCUGGCCCUAAGAUUUGGGUGACCUGCAAGGAAAAGUUAUAAGGUUAGGAGACUCCCCUUGUGGGGUCAGUUUGAGCAUCUAGCACGUAGAUAUUUUGUUGCAUGAAAGAAAUACUCUAUCUUAUUGAGAGAAUCUGUUUCUACUAUAUGCUUGGAAACAUUAUAUUGACACAGCCUUUAAUCUUUCAAAUCCAGAUAGCUAUGUCUGUUACAGAUAAGCUGAGGAUCCUAGAGUGCAGUAAAAACUCGUUAUGUGAUGACUCAGGUGUGUCUUGGGCCUCGUUGACUAUAGUUGCUUUGUAUGAUUUUUUAGUCAUCUGUUGUAUUUUGAAAUGAUGGAUCCUGCAAAAGUGAAACAUUUAAUUGUAUUUUAAAGUUUUAUGCAUUUUAUUGCAACGUGAAAAAUGUGUAUUUGACAAUAGGGGUAUAGUAGUCACUUGCUGAGUAAUACCAGGUAGACAUACAGUGUAACUUCAUAUAAGAUAUCAUUAUUAAACCUGUGUGAUUACAGAAACAGCAGCAUGUAAGGCAAUACUUGUCUCUAUUAAAAAGAUGAUCAUGUUUAUGGCUUUCAAUUCACAGUUUAUUAUUUCAUAUAAGUGCUAUUUUCCUGUCUUUGAAAGCCUUGGCUGAAUAUUUGCAUUCCAUCAUAUGAUAAAUUUACUAGUCACAUAUGUCUUACAAAAGCCCUAAGAAAAUUUGGUUGUGUAAUUAAAAUGCUCAUCUUUAUAACAAGGUUAUUUUCACUGGAUAUAUAUAUAUAUAUAUAUAUAUAUAUAUAUAUAUAUAUAUAUAUAUAUAUAUAUAUAUAUAUAUAUAUAUAUAUAUAUAUAUAUAUAUAUAUUAAAGAACAGUUCUAACAAUUUAAUUAAUUUCAAAGAUUAACAAUAUUUCAGUCUAUAACAUGAAAUUGAAGUCAUGCUCAUAAAAUCUAGUAUCUGAUUGAAAACCCUGUACACAGGAAUUUCUUUAUAAAAUCAUGCCAUUGAUUUCAUACUUAUGUUAACUUAUUGUUUAUUAAGUUGCUAGAACAAAUUAAUGCAGAAUUUUAUUGUUUUUUAUGUAAUUAUUUCUGAACAUUUAUUAGAUUCAUGUUUAGUUGCUGGCUGAUUGUUUUCUUGUGGCAAAUUAUGAAGUCAUUUCUUUACUGAUCAGUAGUAAUGAUAUGAUCAAAAGAAUUUAUAUCAUGAAUAAGAAAACUAAGCUGGACCAGUCUAAUCUGAACCAAUUAUGGGUACCAAAAAGCUGCUUAGGUUAAGUUUAGUUAGGUGCAGUCAUAACUAUGAAAGUUUUCUGUUGUUAAAUUAAGGAAAAAUUCUGUAUGCAUUUGUUAAGUAGCUGUUACCCUUGCAUAAUGUAUCUUUCCUGAAGUCAACCCUACAAAGAAGUUAUCUUUUUCUUUCAUAUGUUGAAAACAAAAUCCUUGUUAUCAAUGUCUCAUUAGAUCCACAGAUACUGUUAGAUCCCAUAAAAAGUUUUUGUUGAAACAUGACACUUUCCUCAUUAAUCAUACCAUACAUAUAUAUAUUUUCUAAUUCCUUAGUCUUCGAGAAAUAUUAGGUUUGAUGGAUAUUAAAAUUUAAAAAACAGGUUCUGUGGUGUAGACAACACUUGCGACUGUUAACAUUGUGAAUGAUGUAAUCUCAUACCACAUGUAGGACUAGUACUUAGGUCACUCAUAAGAGUGAUUCAGUCACACUGCCUUGUGUCUUGUGUGCUGGUGACCACACAGGAUCAAGAUGUGGCUCUGAAUGAGAACUUUUGAACCAAAUGUUUCAGUCAGAUGCUGCCUUGUCUGAAUGAAAUGGUCAUCUUGGCUAUUUUAGCAAGUGAAGUAAAGAAACUUACUCGUUGUUUAGUGGAAAAUGAUCAGGUGUGUGGAAUAAGGUAAACUGUUGGCUAUGUAUAAAGUAAUGUGAUGUUUGCCGAUGUACACUGUGUACAUUACUUCCUCAAGUUGUGAAUGAAUAACUUCUGUUAUGCUAACUCUUGACUGUCAGCAUAAAUGGAGUAAUAGUUUUUUAAUGUUAUAUCCCUGAAGAAAACUAAUAUGAUACAAUCCUGAGAUGUUGUAUACAGCUUUCUGCCAGAGCAUUAGAUGUCACAAAAAAUCCCAUGAUGCAAUGGAGAUUCUUCACAUGUUUAAGGCCAGCAUAUACAGUUUUGGUUUUCAUGUUCUUUCCCCCUACUAAGGUUUUUUGGGGUGCACCCAUAGGGAAAUUUGGUUGAUUUCUUGCAGUGGAAGUUUUCUGAUAAAUAUUUAAACAAUGUUGUAGUUCUCACAAGAUGACUAAAAAUAUUUUGUAGCUUUUCUGCCAAUGCUGAUGACUAAGAACGUAAGUGCUGACUGUAUCAGAACAAGUGUUAAAUUGCUGCUCUUGGCAAUGGGUAUGUAUCAAGACUCUAUACACAUUAUACUGUGGUUUUGAAGGUGAUGUAACACUGACAGAAAAUGGUUAUCAUGUUGUUACAAGUGCGUUUUACAAAUUAUUGUUAACAUAUUUUGUCAAUAACCUAUUUAUCUGUAUCCUGAUAAAGGUUCUGUGUGGUGUAGUUAUGGUGCCAUUUUUUAUCUUAUAUAAUUGUCAUACUUUAAGCUCUUCAUUGUGUUUGUAUGUACUGGAGUGUGUAAAUAUAUGGUGUAAUAAUGCAUUGAGAGCUUAUUACAUUAGAUACUUAAUUGUUUCCUGUAAUCAUAUAGCACAAGGAUUGUGCAAUGUACAGUAUAAUUAUUUAUUACAUAUUCAUUACGAGUAUAUAAAUCUUGUGUAACAGGUUUAGUUCAUGACACUAUGACUAAACUUUAAAUAUGUUUAUAUUUCAAAAUGACUAACAGUUAAGCCUUUUGUCAAAAUAUGGGCAGGGAACCCAUGUUGACUUGUUGGUGUGAUUUUUGUAUGUCCUAGGAAGGUUUCCAUAUUCCUUUAGACCUUUCAUUAUUGCAGAAUUAUUAUUUCUCCCCUUAACUUUUUUCAUGUCCAGAUCCAUACCAUUCUGUCACUGUAGCCCAGGAAGCAGUAAGAGGAAGUCUGCAGCUUAACAUAAAUUUGGGGAAAAGAUUGAAUCAUUAUUACUUCCUGUGUCUUUUUAAAAAUGUAUCUUUUAACAGCAUCCAGUACAUAGUUAAGUUGACUAUCAUUACUAUUUCAAUUCUAUCACCCAGCCAGUUUCAGUUUCUAGACAGUGACCUCUCAGUACUUUGCUGCAAAAAUACUCUUCAUGGGCUCUGGGUGGCAGUCCCUCAUGGCCUUAAAUCAGUGCUACUAUCUCAUGAUUACAGGAUGGGUUAUUUAUUUUUUUCCAGGUGUAUAUUUCACCUAAACAAGCAGACUUUAAAGCCUCAUGCAGAGAUGGUAGCAUGCUGGACUUGAUUAUGAAAGCUAAUUUUCCAGUAUAUAUAAUUACCAUUAACUGGAGAUGUUUGUACAAAUUCUUAAUAAUGUUUUAUAGAGAGAAUAUUAUUUAAUGACAAUAAAGACUGAAUAAAUGUUUUUUUUCCCAAUACAGAUGAACACUGAGGUUUGAAGGUUUUAAAUGUGAAACUUCAAAUUUAACAUCACAGCUACAGAAGAGAUAAAGUGAUUGUUCUUGCUGUUACUGCAAACCAUUUGUUUGCUCAAUAUAUCUGUAGCUACCACUAACAGUUUUAAGUCUGAUUUCAAUGGCACCACAACUACAAUCCAUUCUCAGCAGACCUUAAUACCUGCAGCUUCAGAGGUGCCAUGGCACAACCUCUGAGACCCUCCCUUCUCUAACCCCGUAUUGUAAAUACAACACUAUCUCAAAAC